ACUAUAUUAGCACUAACAUGUUUGUCUAAUUAUACUUUAGUGGGUACAAAGCAAAAUGACGGUGGCUGCAUAUAUUAGAGGAUCACCAAGUUCAUACUACACUAUUUCAGGUGUAAUAACGUACUGGACGACGUCCAGUUCGUCCUUUUUGGUGGGCGGUAUCACUUACAGCAACGGCGCUCUUACAGUUCCAUCUGAUGGUCUUUACUAUAUUUACAUGCAACUACGCGUCGAACAGUCCAGUGGUUCUGCGUAUCCAUACCUGCGCAUAAAUGGUGUAACAGUGAUGUACAUGUGUUACCAACUAAGCGGCGGAGUAAGAACAAAAUACAGCGGCAUUACCCGAAGCUUAAAGAAAGGAGAUAGCGUUGACAUAAAAGGAAAUGGAGGUCGGUACUUCAUGCAUUGGCAAAACUCGUAUUUUGGUAUGUUUAAGAUGAAUUAACGGAUCUGUAUGACGACAUCUUGUACUGGAAACCGCAUUUUUAGACUAGCAAUCAACCAAUUAUUGUGUGAAACUUGAUUGUCGUUUCAUAUAGAAUCUGAUUGUUACGCUAG